UUGCAAGCUGUCAAAUAUCUUUUUCACUGUAGUUUCCCAUCUAUUAUAAGAUUAGCAUGCAUCCUUAAGGUGCUUUUUCAUGCUGACGCUUGACGCUAGUUUCUAGCGUAAAAUUUGGUCACGUGAUGAGAAUUUAACACUGCGCCAUCUAAGAAAAAUUGUAGCGAAAAAGCUAAACAUAGUUUAGCUUUUUUAACGGGUGAUAUAAGCGUCAGCGUAACUCGAACAGUGAUAUCGAUAAUCAAUAGUAAUCGAUCUUUAUAAAACAACAACAAUCAGCUGUUACUUUGUGAUGAUAUAAAAAAAAAAAAAAAAUAGCGAGUGUAAAAAUAAAUAAAAACAAAUACUUAAAAAUAGCACAUACAAUUUUAUUCAAAGUUGCCAGUUAUUAUAUUAAGUGCGGUGUGAAUAUUAAAACUAUUCACAAUGAGUUUUGAGAAUCUAAACGGUUUUUAUUGUAAUGUAGGAAGUACGUGUUGUUUUUACAUGUGGCAUAUGUGAAAUGAUAUGUGAUGAUUACCAACACCAUCCAUGCCUAAAUGAUUAUGACGAUGUCCACUUAGACGAAAAUUAUUAUUUCUAUCCUCUCUUAGGUGAUAAAGAAACUAGUAUUCGACGAGCGAUUCUUCGAGACGGUAGGGAAGGACUGAUUGAAGAUUCCAUUUAUGGCAACAAAGAGAAUUGUUGUCAAAAUUCAUUUAAAUCUCCACCAGAAACUCAAAAAUCAACAAAGCGACGUAAUACGGCAGCAUCAAAAACAAGUAAAAAAAAAUUAAGUGACGAGGAGAUCGAACAUUUAAUUAUUGAGGUACAAAAUAGAAUUCCUUUGUGGAAUUUUAAUAUUUCACUAGCGGAAAGAACACGAGAAAUAACAGUUACGCUUUGGGAAGAAGUUUCUGCAGCAUUGAAUGGAAAAUGAAGUGCUACCGAAGCUAAAAAAAAAUUUAAAAGUUUACGUGACACCUACCGUAAACUUAUUCAUGCAGAACAUCGCGCUAGUGGUUCAGCUACAGUACCACCUGGAGACCCCUGGAAAUUUUAUCAUUGCUGCGAGUUUCUCCGAGUUUCUCAAUGCAAUGAGGAAAUUGCCAAUUUUUAUCAAAAUCACCUGCAAUUUUUAACCAGUCACGGGUUGUUAAAGGGUAAGGUAACACCUUCGGCUGAAGACAAUCCCAUAUAACUUGACAAGUUUCAGCAAUGAUAUUUGCGGUUGACGUCACACCAACGAGAUAAUGAUAUGAUAUAGAUGUCAUACAAUCUCCUGUCGCCAAAUAUCUAAAAGUAUUUUUUAUAAUUAGUAUUAUUUUACUCCACGAUACUAAAUAAUAAUAACAAAGUUUACGUGAUCUUAUCGCAGAGUCAUAACAAGUCGAGCGGUAGCUGAAAUUGGUUCUCUCACAACGUUUUUUUUAGUUAUAUGUGGACCAAUUAAGCACAGCAAUUCUUCAAACUGAGAGGCAGACAUACGAAUGUAAUUUUCGAAUUUUUCAGGGAAUGAAGAAAGUGUUGGAAAUAGUGCUUCAAAACAUCCGUGUUCUCGUCGUAAUUUAUACAACGGAUUUACCCUAAAUCUUUUCUUUUUAUACUUAUUUUUUUUUUUUUUUGAAUAGCGAUAUCAUUUA